AUGUCCUAUGAACAAGGACUUUUAACUAUGAAUCAGCAAUAUUAGUUAAAUGAGACCAUAGUAGAUAUGUAUGAUACAUUAAUAAACAAUUAUUUAUUAUUUAUUGGAAUAUGGUCUAAAUAUAAUCCCUAAGGGAUAACAUAGUAAGUUGGGCUUGUCGGGCUAAUGGAUUCAAAUUGCUUUCAUUAUCAGAGUUUGAUUGGAAAAUCAUCAAAAUAUUUGUAAUUAAUAUAUUAUGAUUGUCUUGAUCCCGAAAGUAAAACUAUAUUAAAGGUUUUAACUUUUUCAACGCUAGAUGGCCAAUAACACAUAUAUCAGAUAGAUAUUGACCCAUUGGAAUAUGAAAAUGUAUGGCAUUUAUUUGAAUUACUUUAUUAUCCUUCAAAUAAUAUUAUAGAAUUUAUAAUGGUAAACCAAAAUGAUAUUUUGCUUUGGAAAAAAUUGGAUAGUCGUCUUAAUGUAGAAAAUUAUGUAAAAAACACUAUUGGAGGGGGCCUCAUUGUACAAAAUUCAAAUUUGAAUUCAAUUUAAGCAGGAACUUUAUUUUCAUACUUUCCAGGUUAGAUGUAUUUGAUAUCUAUACCAACUCAUUAUAUUUCUGAGAUAUAUUUAAGUUUUGGGAUAAUUAUCUAUGUGAAUGAUUUUGGUAUUGAAUCUAAUACUGAAUGCAAGAAUAACUCAAUUAAUUCAUAAAUUUUGGACUAAGAUUUGAUUUGGCUGGAUUAAAAGUCAUAUAUCUCUGAAGAAAUCAACAUUGAUUCCUUUAUAUUUGCUGGUUGGUUUAGAAUUACGCAUAUAAAUCAAGUUGAUGAUGAUUUUACCUUUCAAUUUAUAAAAAUAAGUAAAAAUACUUAAUCUUAGUAAUUCUCUAAUCCUAACCUAGCACCAUUUCAAUUGUUCUAUAAAAUAUCUCCAAAUAACAAUAAAAUAAUAAUUACUACUUAUAGCUAUAAUUUUCCAUCAGUAAGUUUAGAUUUUACUAAUAGUGACAACAAUUUUAUAAUAACAGAAGAGUUUGAAAUUAAUCAUAGCAUUUCUCUUUGGCAUAGUUUAUUUGUAAAUCUAGAGUAGGAUCAAAUUUUUAUUUAGAUUAAAUUUUUCGGUUCAGUUGGAAUAUAUGAAUAUUCAAAGUCACUCAAUGUCAAAUAAUUUAAUAAUGUAUUAUAUUUGAUAAGAUAUGGAAAUUUAAUGAAAUCAGUAGAGAAUUAUUUAAAUAUUUAAACUAGAAAUGUUAAAUUUUAUAAUUGCUAAUAAUAAUUAGAAGAAUAAAAUUGCCAUUUUUCAUGUUAGAAUUGCAUUGGUCCAACAAAUUUAGAUUGUUUAUCUUGUUCUGAAGCUUCAUAAAGAAUAUAUAUACCAGAAAGGAAAGCCUGUAUUUGCCCAUAUUAAUAUUUCGAUGAUUAAUUUAAUUAGAAUUGUUUGUCACAUUUUGAUUUGUUAUUUGAAAUUAAGGAUUUACAAAAAAGUAAUGAUUGCAAAUUUGGUUAUUUUGAGUUCGAUGAUUCAUGUUAUGCAUGGUAAAUUAUAUUAUAAUUUAUAAAGUCCUUCAAUUUUUUCUGAAAAACAGACAACAUGUUUAGAGUGUAUAUAAAAUGCAAAAGGAUGGUCAGAGAAUUCCUAUUGUUUUACGACUGUUUAUAUAGAUCCUAAUGGGAAUACAGUAAGAAAAGAAGAAUCAAUAGAAACAGAUUAAAACUUUAUUUUCGAUGGUUUAGAACCAUAUUUGUGUAAAGCUUGCAUUAAAGGAUCCUUUUUUAAUAUUGAUAAUAUAUUUAACCAAUUCACUUAAUUGCAAUAAGCAUUUUAAUCACUAUGUUAGAUAGGUCCGUCACACCUUUUAUAUUAAGAAUUUACUAUAAACUUGUGUUAUAAAUGUUAAUUGCAAUACUGCCAAAUCUGUACUAUAGAAAUGACACGGUAGAUAUGUAUUAAAUGCUAAAAAAAUUACUAAUCUAUAGAUGGAGCUUGUAUUAUUAAAUACAGUUUCCCUGGUUCUGAAGUUGGUUGUAGAUUGCCUAAUUAUCUAAACUCAUUUAAAGAAUGUAAAUUGUGCCAAAUUAAAAAUUGCAAAUAUUGUUUUGAAUAUAAGAAGGAUGAUUUAGAAAAGUCUACUUUAUAUGCUAACUUCGAGAAAUUUGGAUACGAUGAAUUCUUAAACGUUGGAUGUGCAAUGUGUGAAGAAAAUUACAUGUUUGACUUUAUAAUUGGAAAGUGCAUUUAUAAAUAACCUUCCUUAUCUACUUGCUUAAGGGCGUUUGUUAAUUUAGAUGGUUAAGAAAUAUGCACUUUAUCAUCUACUGAUUUUAGUGUGGCACCAGAAAUAAUCAAUUGUGGAAAGUUAAUUCAAAAUUGUUUAUAAUGCAUAAUCACUCCUCUGUAUGAAGUUAAAUGCAUCAUUUGUAAUGUAGGGCUUGUAGCCUCAAUCAGAUAUGGAAACUGUUAUAAACAAACGUUAGAAUCUGUAAAUGCUAAAAUUGUAAUUGAAGGAGAAACCUAUUGGGAUGCCUCUAUUUAGAGAAUCUAGAGUUUUAUGAUGAAAUUUUUACCAAACCAAUAUUAUUAUUAAAAAUUUUAGUAUACGUAGUUUUACUUUCCAUAAGAAAUAGAAUGUAAUAAGGGAGACUAAUUAUAUUAAUCAAAUAGAUGCUUGAAAUAUUGCACUUCAGAAUGUUUGGAUUGUUAAGAGAAUAAAAAUGCAGCAUAUUUUUAUUGUGCAACAUGCCCAUUAAAUUAUUACUUAUAACCUAUUCGUAUGCAAGAUGAGGGUUCAUGCAUUAGGUGUGCUGAAUUGUGCGACAUAUGCCAAAUAAGAUCUGAAGCUGAAAUAAAAGUAAAUAUUGUUAUUAUUAUUUAGAAACUAAAUCCCUACUUUCUUCUCACAGAUGAGAACAAAAGGUAUUCUUAUAAAUGUGUGCGACCAGUAUAGAAUUAAAAUGUUAUAAUAGAUUCUUAAUUUUAAAUUGCUAAAUAUUGUUAUACUCCAAAUUGUAAUUUAGAAUACAUUUUUACAUUGUCUCAUUUUAUCUUAAAAAUAGACGAGUAACUUAUAUUCAAUAUUGUAAUUAAAUUGGAUUGUAAGUCUUGAAAUUUUAAAUUAAUUUUCCCCAUUUGUAAUGGGAAAAAUAUCAAUAUGUAUGUGAAUCAAAGAAAUAUAUUUUUAGUUUAUAAGUUCUAAAAAUUGAACUUAAUUUUUCUUACUAUUAGGGUUCUCCAACAUAUUUCUAUGGUUUUGAUGAGAUAGAAAUCAAAAAUGUAUAUUUUAGUUAAAGAGUUACUCAAAUACUAUUUUAAAAUCAAAAUUAAAAAGUUAAUCUCAUCUUAAAUAACAUCGUGAUUUAUGAAAACUCUUAUAAUAAUAUCAAUCCUUUAUUUAAUUCAGAUCUAUUUGGGGAUAUUACAUUGGAUAACAUUAUAAUAUAUAAUUCAAAUUUCACUUCAUCAUCAUUAUUUAAAUUAAAUUAAUAAUUUUAACAAGGGAAAUUGAAAAUUUCAAAAAUGAGAUUGUAAAAUUGUAUUUUUACAAACAGUCAACUAUUUUGGUUAAUUAAUAAUAAUCAAGUUUAAAUUUAGAUAGAUGAAUUACUUAUUUAUGAAACCGUAUUUCUUAAUUCCUCAUUCAUCACUUUUAUUACAAAUACCAAAGGCUAAAGUAGAAUGGAAUUCAAAGAUAUAACAAUAACAUCAAGUCAGUUUGUGAACUCUUUCAUUUUCAAUUUUACUAAUUUAUAAGAAAUUACAAUAAAUAAUGUUUUGCUUAACAAUAAUUCAAUAUUUCUGUCAACCAUUUUCGUGUUUAAUAAGGAUUUUUCUAUGUUUUAAACCUCAUUAGAAAGUAACAAAUUUGUACAAUCUUACUUUCUUGCAACUCUGGAAACAUAAAGCAAGGAAUAUAUAUAUUUUUUAGUUGAUAAUUGCAAAAUUUUUGAAAAUGAAUUUAAUAACACUAACCUAUUUUAUAUAUCAAAUGAAAAUAUGUACUUUAAAUUAAAAACCGUUCAAAUUUAUUUUAACUAAGGGUAGGCUAAUUAAAAUCGUAUUAGUCUAUUUAAUAUUCAUUGCUUUCAACUUGAAAUUGAUAAUAUAUAAAUAGUUGAAUAAUAUAACCUUGGCAUUUUCUAUUUUUUAGAAGUUGUUCAAAUAUUUGUAUCAAACAUAAUUUACGAAAAUCAGAAUAUUAAUAUUAAAGUUCCAUCUAAUAUGAAUUGUAUAAAUUACAAAUAUUAAAAUUAUCAACUAAUUUUAAUUUCUGGAUACUCUGUUCUUACUCUAAAAAAUAUCAAGGCUAUAAAAUUAUUUAGUAUUGAUUUGUAAUUAAUAGAAAUAUCAUCAACUAGAAAAAGAUGGACUGAGGUACCUUUAAGUCUAGAAAUUAUAAAUUUGGAAUUUCUUGAGAAUUUAUUAUUACAUUAAAAUGAAGCAAAUUAUCUCUCUUUAAUUUCAAUAAAGUCUGAACAUAAUACUAUUAUUUAAAUAGAAAACAUAAGGUUUGAAAAAAAUUUUAUUCAUUAGUAAAUAGAUGAUUCUUAGGAUUCAGCUGCCUCAUUGAUUCAUAUAGAUUUAUUUAAAGGAUAGAUAAAAAUAAAUAAUUUUUAAUGUUCUUAUAAUGCUCUGACUAAUUCUUCAAAUCCAUUUAUUUAUUUGAAAUCUGACUUCAUCACAUUAACAAAUUAUAAUGCCUCGAAACAUAAUAUAAUACCUUUAGAAUUAUGGAACCUAUAUUAUGAUUUGUAAUUAGGAAAUGAGUAAUAUGAAUAUGAUUAGGAACAAAUAAAUUUAAUCAUAUCAUAAAUUUUUAAAAUAAAAAAUAAAUGUGGAGCUGGUUUAAUUGCUGCAUCAAAUUUUAUUUGCUUUAAUUGUUUUUUUGAGGAUAUUAUUGGAUUGAAAAGUUCUGUAUUUGAAAUAAAAUCUUAAGGGGAAGGAUAAGUUUAAUUAAGAAAUAUAAAAAUUAAUUCUUCAGAAUAUGAUUUAAGUUAAAUAACAGAAAGCUCAGGUUGUAUUACUAUUUAUUCAUCCAAUAGUAUGCUUAACCUAAAAAUCAUAAAUGCAGUGUUUGAAAAUACCUUUAAUCGUAUGGCAGCAUCAAUUCUUACCCUAAGUCCAUCUUUGUAUUAAAAUAACAUUUUAAUCUAAGAUGUGAUAAUUAAAAAUUGUAUUUCAUUGAAAAAUCCAAUCAUAAAUAUAGCAUUCUCAACAUAGAACAUCAAUUCAAAUAAAAUUGUUAUCUAAAAUGUAAAUAUCAACUUUUAGGAAGAAGUUUGGGUUAAAUACUUUGGAAAGACUGGAAUGAUAAAUUAAAAUGAAAUAAUUGAGAUAACUGGUACUUCUAAUGCUUUAAUUCAAUUACAAAAUUGCAAUGUAGUUUUGACAAAGAUUCUUUUUUCAGGUGUUUUUAGUUGCCCUUUGAUUAAAUUAAUAAAUCUCUCAUAUUUAUAGAUGUCUUCAAUAUAGGCAAUAGAAAUUAAAGUAUUUUAUGGUUUAAAUCUAUUGGAAAUAAAGUAGGAAUUAUCAAUAAAUUUAUCCAUAAAUAUUAAAUAUGGAAAAUUUUAACGCAUUUCAAUUUAUGAUGUUGUGAAUAAUCCAAUCUAUUAAAAUUCUAAAAUAAAUUAUAUGAUUAAAGGAUGUUUUUAAAUUGAAAAUGUUGAACAAGAAAAAUUUAUACUCUUGAUUAAAUCAUCAAGCUCCUGCAAUCAACGAAAAAAGCAAGCUCUAUUAUUUCACUUCAACUGA